AUGUUUCCCGGCCGCCCCCGAAUCGUCCGUAACGGCAUCCUCUUGAUGGCCGUCAUCGUCACAUUAUGGCAUCUCCAGCGUUUGCCCCGGACGGCGUCGGCAUCACCAGAAUGGGUCACGCUUGAGCGCUUCAUGAACCACAACGCGUCUUCCAGUCGGUAUCCCGAGCCCAAGUCCAGCUUCGACUGGAGCAGCAUCAAAUUCCGCUAUCCUCCUCACAACUCCACGCGGCUGCCAGCUCAGGGCAACCCUCUCCCCCCGAUUCAGCACCGCUUUUCGGGAGUCGAAUCAGCAGCUGUCGCGAAGCAGCGGAAGCAGAGGCUGCUCGAGGUAAAAAAGGUCUUUCUGCGGGCGUGGCAGGGAUACAAGAAGUUCGCCUGGAAACAGGAUGCCCUGCUUCCCAUUAGCGGCGGCGGGAGAGAGCAGUUCUCGGGCUGGGCGGCGACGCUCGUCGAUGCCCUGGACACGCUUUGGAUCAUGGGCUUGCGGGAGGAGUUUGACGAGGCGGUGGCGGCGGUGGCAGAGAUUGAUUUCGGGUCGUCGACAAGCAACCGCGUCAACAUUUUUGAGACAAACAUUCGCUAUCUCGGCGGCUUGCUGGCGGCGUACGACCUGAGCGGGAGAAAAGUGCUGCUGAAGAAGGCGGUUGAGCUGGGAGAUGUCAUCUACGCUGGAUUCAACACCAAGAACGGCAUGCCCGUCGACUUUCUCAACUUCCACUCGGCCAAAUCGGGAGAGGGCCUGCUCGUCGAGGGCUCGGUCGUAUCAGCGUCGCCAGGAACGCUGUCUUUGGAGCUGGCGCACUUGUCCCAGGUCACAGGCGACCCGAAAUACUACAGCGCCGUGUCGCAGGUCAUGGAUGUGUUUUACGAGGGCCAGACCAAGACGAGCGUUCCGGGGGUUUGGCCGAUGAGCAUCAGCAUGAUGUCCAAGGAUGUAGUCCACGGCAGCAGCUAUACGCUUGGCGGCUGUGCUGACUCUCUGUACGAGUAUCUGCCCAAGAUGCACCAGCUGCUACGAGGCGGCGAGCCCAAGUACGAGAUCAUGUCCAAGACGUUUCUCAAGACUGCGGACCGACACUUUUUGUUCCGUCCAAUGCUGCCAAAGGAAGACGACAUCCUCAUGUCCGGCAACAUCAACGUCGACGAAAAGGGCAACCCAGUGUUGGACCCGGAAACAGAGCAUCUGACCUGUUUCGUAGGAGGAAUGUUUGGCCUGGCAGGCAAGCUCUUCAAUAAUGAAGACGACGUUGAGAGAGGCAUCAAGCUGACCAACGGCUGCGUCUACGCAUACCGCGCCUUUCCCACGGGCAUGAUGCCCGAGAGAAUCGACCUGGCGCCAUGCAAAGACCGCUCUCACUGCCCCUGGGACGAAGAUUACUGGCUGCAGGAGCGUGAUAAGCGGCCUGAGUGGAAGGCUCAUCUGCCCAAGGGCUUCACCACCGCCAAGGACCCGCGAUACCUCCUUCGGCCGGAGGCCAUCGAGAGCGUGUUUUACGCAUACCGGAUCACGGGACGGAGAGAAUUCCAAGACGCCGCGUGGGACAUGUUCACGGCGAUUGCAAAGGGGACGCAGACGGAGCAUGCGAAUGCGGCGGUGCUGGAUGUGACGAUUGUGGAUGGAAAGCUGCCUUUGGAGGACUAUAUGGAGAGUUUUUGGCUCGCUGAAACGCUGAAAUACUUUUACCUCGUGUUUACAACGCCCGACAUCAUCAGCUUGGACGAUUAUGUGUUGAACACCGAGGCUCAUCCAUUCAAGCUUACCAAGUGA